GUACCCCGUACAAAAGUUCACAUGAUCAGCUAGCUUCACCAUAAUCUGCUGCUGUUUCUCUUUGGACCGACAAAAUGUUGCCGUUCGUUGUGUUUCUGCCGGUUCUGCUGGGUGUGAGCGGUUCUGGUGUGUGUCCGUGUGAGAGGCCGGAGCUCUGUCAGCCAAUCCGUGCGGAGAGAGAGUUUGAGGUGUUUUUAUUUGAUGUGGGAGGGAAGACAUGGAAAUCUUACAACUGGAGCAUGGUGACGACAGUGGCAGCCUUUGGGAAGUAUGAUGCUGAGCUCAUGUGUUUUGCUCACUCCAAAGGAGCACGAGUUGUCCUCAAAGGUGAUGUUCAUGUUCCCUUCAUCGUGGACCAAGCCAACAGAACCACGUGGAUAGCAGAACAGGUCAGUUUGGCCAAGAAGCAGUUCAUGGAUGGGAUUAACAUCGACAUUGAGCAAGCGGUGGACGACGGCUCACCAGAAUACUACGCUCUGACAGCACUGGUCAAUGAGACAACUGAGGCUUUCCACAGGGAAAUCCCAGGCUCCCAGGUUUCCUUUGAUGUCGCCUGGUCACCAAAAUGUAUCGAUAAACGUUGCUAUGAUUACGUCACUAUCGCCAAAUCCUGUGACCUGGUGUUUGUGAUGUCCUACGAUGAGCAGAGCCAGAUCACCGGUGACUGCAUUGCAAUGGCAAAUGCCCCGCUCAGCCAAACUCUGAAAGCCUACGAUCAGUAUUUGGAUCUGAAGAUUGAUUCAAAGAAGCUGGUGAUGGGAGUGCCGUGGUACGGCUAUGACUAUCCAUGUGUUAACCUUUCUCAGGAGGGCAUUUGUUACAUAGCCAAAGUCCCUUUCCGUGGAGCUCCUUGCAGUGAUGCAGCAGGAACCCAAAAACCAUACAAGUGGAUCAUGAGGCAGCUCAAUAGCCCAACGUCGUCCGGCAGACUGUGGGAUGACGGGCAGAAAGCACCUUACUUCUAUUACAAGGACGAGACAGGACAGAGCCACCAGGUCUGGUACGAUGACCCGCAGAGUCUAUGUCCCAAAGCAGACUACGUGAUGGCUAAAGGCCUGAGGGGCAUCGGCAUGUGGAACGGCAACAUUUUGGACUACAGUGAUGAUCCUGUAGCCAGGCAGCAGACCUCGCUGAUGUGGAAUGCUCUGUUAGGAUCCAAGCUGGAAUAAACUGAAUGCUGCUGCGGGAAGUUUUACUGAGCCGCUGAGCCCGCUCCUGUUUGCUUCUAAACAUGUUUCCUUUUUAUAGAGGUAACAGGGAGCAGCAUCUCUCCAUCCUCAGGGAUGCAUACUUGCACAUUGGCUUUUAUUUUAGCUGUACUGUAAUGUGAUUUGCUAACAAAGACAAUCACUUUAAAAGCAUUUGCACAGAUUGUUUUUGAUAAACAUUUCAAUAACUGUUUUAUUUUCUUUACUUUGUUCUAAUAAAGCUUGUACUAAUUAA